AUGGACGACUUUGCAAGGGUGAUGUCAUGUGUUGUCAGGUCCAUCGACAAUUGCAAGCGAAAAGUUUUAGAGCUACCAGUAUUAACCUUGAAAGCAACGGAAAAUCAACAACGCCACAUUCUGGUACCGGUACUGUCGAUACAGCGUCCACUCGAGAGAGACGAGUUUCGAAGAGCACAGAUUGUUCUGUGGAAGCAGGCACAAUGCGACGGCUUCCCGGAUGAAAUGAGUACGCUCGCCCAGAAUCUUGACCAACAACCUGGUGAAGUUUCACCAAAGGUGGUGAAGAAAAGUAGCUGCCUCUACAAGCUGAACCCGAUUGUGGACAAAGAUGGCGUGCUUCGCAUGGACGGAAGGAUGGAAAUGUCGGAAGAUAUGCCGUUUGAUAAAAGGUUUCCGAUCAUUCUGCCACGAAAACACGCGAUGACGGAGAAGCUGAUUCAGUUCUACCAUGAAAAGUACGGACAUGCUAAUCGUGAAACUGUGAUGAACGAACUUCGGCAUCGGUUCUGGAUCCCAAAUGCUCGGACUGCCAUUCGCCAAGCAAUUAACAAGUGUGUGUGGUGUAGGGUACAUCGAUGUCAGCCACGCGUCCCCAGAAUGGCGCCUCUUCCGGUGCAGCGCGUUACACCAUUUAGCUCUGUAGGUAUCGAUUAUCUAGGUCCGAUAGAAGUUACUGUGGGGCGAAGAAGAGAAAAAAGAUGGGUUGGGGUGUUCACCUGCUUGGCCGUACGAGCGGUACAUCUGGAAGUGGUGCCUAGUCUUUCAACACAAUCCUGCUUGAUGGCUAUCCGAAGAUUCUGUUGUAAGCGAGGAGUACCACAGGAAAUAUUCUCAGACAAUGGGACAUACUUCGUGGGUGCUGACAACGUACUAAAGAAGAUAAAUAGCGACUGUGCAACCAGUAUUACAAGCGCUACCACAGCGUGGCACUUCAAUCCUCCGGCGGCGCCGCAUAUGGGCGGUAUCUGGGAGCGAAUGGUGAGGUCCGUAAAGGAGGCGAUGAAGACGCUGGACGAUGGACGAACGGUAUCCGACGAGGUUCUGCAAACAACGUUAGCGGAAGCUGAGGAUAUGAUUAAUACCAGGCCGCUAACGUAUAUGCCACAAGACUCGGCAGAGGAUGAAGCGAUCACUCCGAACCAUUUUCUUCGUGGGUUGGUAACUACUGCAGACUUGAUCGUUCAACCACUGAACGCAGCGCAAGCCUUACGAGACACUUACAAACGUUCACAGUACCUAGCGAACCGAAUGUGGGAGAGAUGGAGCAAAGAAUAUUUACCAACGAUGUAA